UACUGAAAACACGGAAGGUCCAACACCAUAUUCCCAAACAGAGGCUUCUACGCUGUAAGCUCUUUAUAAAACGUCGUCACAGCGGCCCUAGAAUAAGCCAAGUGCAGUAUUGUUUUAUUUUGGCAGUUGCGGUUUAAGAGUGAUGCCUGUCGAGUAGUAAACCUUUGUGUAGUUGAGCCUUUUCUGCCUCAUAUGAAAGCAAACCGCUGAAGAAGAUGCCUGCUCGUAAUGUUGUGUCCAACGGGAUCCCUAACAGCAAAGUUAGGUAUUCCAGGUUAGCCACUGACGACGACGGCUACAUUGAUUUACAGUUCAAGAAGAGCCCACCCAAGGUCCCAUAUAAAGCCAUCGCACUAGCCACGAUCCUUUUCCUAAUCGGCUCGUUGUUGAUCAUCAUCGGUGCUCUUCUCUUGGCUGGCUACUUUGGCGUCACUCACACAGACCGGACCGUGCCUGUCCUCAUCAUCGGGAUCCUUGUCUUCCUGCCUGGAUUUUACCACCUACGGAUAGCUUACUAUGCAUCAAAGGGCUACCCGGGGUACUCUUAUGAUGACAUCCCAGACUUUGAUGACUGACCAUUGCUAAAGCCCCAGUUCCUGCUGUGCUUACAUGUAGUGAAUUUAAGGUCGUGAUAUAUUUAAAGAAAAUUAGAUCCCUUUUUUUUUUUUUUUUCAUAAUUGUUUUUAAAUUACAAUAUUGUUCUUAUAGGUUUUUCUACCUAGGUUCUUAAUGCCAGGUUGCUAAUAGCAACUGUUUUUUUUUAUCUUUGUAUUUGUUUUAUAGCUUGAUAAAUGAAUAAAAAAUAUUUUUAUUAUUUCUUUUAAUUUAUAUAAAACCAUUUCAGUUUGUUUAUAAAAUAUUUUACCUUAUGUAGUACAACCAAUGUGGCCACAUAUAGUGAGUCUUUUAACUGCUUCAUUACAACCAAUUUGCCAAUAUUUCCAAAGUUUUUAUUUUGUGUAUUCUUUAGGUAGAUCCACCAGUUCAGUGGCAGAGAGAAUAAAUAAUUUAAUACUAAAGUGGCUGCAACCAACAUAACAAAUACCUGGUAUACCUAUUAUAUACACAAUAUCACUUCUGUGGCAUAAUACUUAUAUUUAAUAAAAGGCUAGCGUUGUGUCUUCACAACAUCCCGUGUAGUGAAGAUUGCCUCGCCCUAGUUAAUGCUUCCUCACUGCUCUGAGUUGUUCUUUCCCCGAGGAUUUUGUGUGAUUAAUUCCAAUCCUUCGAUCUCCAUAUGGUGCACCUGGCCUGUGAGAGUAAACACUGUCAAACAGUACACAAGCAAUUAAGGCCUGACAUUCUGCUGACAUUUGCCCCUCUAAUCUGCGCCAUCAACUCAUCACUCUCAGCAUAAUUUGAAAGUGUGCUGGUGAAAGCCAAGACUGCCACCUCGAUUCCUCCACCCCCCCAGAUAAUGUCAUAUGUAAAACACAUUGCUACUAAAGGGUGGACGUCUAUAUAAUCCUUUCAGAAGCCUAGUAACCCGCUGUUUGCCAAAGGGAUAAUUCGAGGGUAGCUGCUUGUGUUCUCGUUGUUUCUCUUUCCUUGCUAUCGAAUGAGCCCACCCAACUGUACACUCAUCACAAACUACCGGGCCUUAGAUCAGAUUAUGCACUUUAAAUCAGCUCAGAUUCUUUGUUUUUUAAGUGCUUCCUGUGGUUCCAGGAGGCAUUCGCACAUAAAACGUCUUACAGAGGACUGAGAUUUACUGUGUUUGUCCCGGAAACAUUAAAGCUACACUGUUCUGUA